CUUUGCUCGGUUUUUGCAAUUUUGUACAAAAUUGUAAUUUCCGAGUAAUUAGCAAGUGUUCUGUUAAUAUUCCUUACUGCCACAAAUAUCCUAUUACUAUCCCAAGGUGUUCCUAUUUUGUUUACCAAUAAAAAUGUUUGUAUUUGCGCCCAAAUAAGUGACAGAUGCUGAUGUGAUAAUCUUCGCCAGUUUUCCUGGAAAUACGUUCAAGUUCUUUGUCUUAGUUUGGAAGGAUCCAGCUCAGUUAAUACCAAAAUGGAUUCGGAUAAUCAGGAAAAGGGUGCUGGUGACUGUGAGCCGAUGAAAACAAACGGCAAUACAUCUCAGAUGCUCUUCCCAGAGAGUCCAAUCUACGAGCCCGAAGAAGACUUGCAUAAGAAUGAAGACAUCAUCAAUGUGUCCGAUGACAGCAAAGAAUUAUCAUUGGGAAUAAAAGAUGACCGGUCAAGCAAAAGAAAACUUUCUGAUGAACCUAUCGACAGCACCGCGAAAGUCCAAAAACUCGAUCUCUACGAUGAUGAAUUCACUGUUUCCAGCCAAAGCUUGGAUGAAGAGGUUUCGAAAAUAACCAGUGUUAAACUAAAAACUGAUUUGGCCGUACCAUCAACCUCACGUGUACGAACUCCAGUGAGAUCCAGUCCAAAUCGUCCAGCAAAACGGAGCAACAGCGCCGAAUUGUCCAAACCCAAACCACCGAGAACACCCAAAUCCAGAUCAGCCAGUGCAGACAUAACCAAAACUCGUAAGACUCCUCGCAAAACUCCUGCCAAAGAUACAUCUUCCUCUUCUGAGGUUAUAGUCAUCUCUGAUAGCUCUCAACACACCGAAACAGUCAAAGAAAUUCCACUUAAAAAACUACCAGAAAUUAUUGCCGAGGAAAGCGGAUCAGAGCUUAAUGAUUCCCAGAACUUGUGUCUUGUUUUAUCGCCAUCACCGGAUGACGAUACCAUUGACGAUAAGGUCAAUGUUCAUAAUCCUAUCCACAGCAGUGAUCCUGUUCUAGUCAAAGAUAGAGAAGACGCCCUUAAUCCUGGUAAGAUCCAUGAAACGAGGAGUGAAGGGUAUAACUACUCUGAUCAAAGCAGUAACUUGUCACAACCUCGACCAACAGAUUACAAAGGUAAAACAACCGACCAAGAGAGUACUGAUAGUGUUUGUUCUGUAAACUUAGACAGUCCAGAUCAUGUUCCUACUGUCGCCUCGAAGUUGAUAUCAAAAUUAUCAAAUGGCAACUCUUCCACGCCAACUGAGCUUGAACCUAAACGUGAUGCCGCCGAAGAUAGCGACGGCACUCCUGAUAUGGCGAAGUUUGCCAACAAGAAAGAGAAAAAGGGUAAAAACGAGUCAUUUAGAGUGAGCAACACCACCACCCCUUCUACAAUAUCUCCUUUACAAAAUGGUCAUUCACUGCCAAUCAAUACUCCACAAAUCCCAGUUUUCGAUGUCCAUGUUAGUCACAAUGAGGAUUGCGAGUUUCUAUCUUUGGUCGUGGUGAGGACUGAUAAUGAUCUUGGUCAAGAUAUUUGCAAGGAGUACCAAAGAAUAUCCAAAAGAUUUACAAUAGAUCCAUACUUGGCUGAUGUUUCUGUUGGCAACUCUCCUUCAAGCGUUACCAGUGGGGGAAUGAUCAAUUUGCCAAAUAGAACAUCAUUUGCUUCCACCGUUAGUUCCUCUUCCACUUCAAGCAGCAACCGAACCAGCGAUGGUGCAUUCGUUGUACCACAACCACCUCGAAAAUCUGUCUCUUCGAAUCCUACCGUGUCUGUAAAGGGAUAUGAUGCCUUAAUGAAGAAGCUGCAAGACAUUUUUUCGCAUAUCAGAGAAACAUCAGUCGAUGAAGCAAAUCGAUCGAUAAAUGACGAGAAGAUUUCUGUUGGUAUUCAGACAUCGAUGAGCGAUGGUUCAACUCUAAGUAAUGGCAAUGCUAGUCCUGAAGAAGUCAGCAAAUGCGACAAGGCUACUCCUAAAAGCUCUUUGAAGAAGACCAAAGUAAGAGGCCGGCGGCAUUUGGCGGGAAAAACCAAACGAGCCAUUUUGCCUACGCAACACGAAGAGCCCGAAUAUAUGCAUGGUAUGAAUUCUCCUGAAAUGGUGCCAACAAAUGGUGAAAAUGGCAAAGUUUCGCCAGUAAAAUCACCUAAAGACGAAAAACCGUUGUCAUCUUUAGUUGCUACUCCAAAAUCUGUCAGCAAACUGAAGCAAAAGAAAAGGCCAACAUCCCCGAGGCCUGCCACCCCUGUCGAGAAACCAGUAUUGAAACUCGAGUACCCUGGAUAUCCUCCCGACACCGUUGUGUUAGCCAAAUGGGUAGACAAGCGAUACUACUCUGGUCGAGUUUUAGAAAUUACUGAGCCCAACAAAUACCUGAUCAAGUUUGAUGAUGGGCAGAGUAAAAUCCUGCUUGACGACUUUAUUAUCUUUGGUGACACGAAACAGCUGCCGUUGCAAGGGCAGUCCGUUUAUGCCCUGGUGGAUGAAGACCAGAACUAUGAACCAGGUUUAGUACUUGGUGUGGAGGAGAAUGACAACGGAACUGUUACUUACAGAUGUACGACUGACGGGGACACCUUAGUAUUGGUAACAGCGAGUGAGUUGUACUUGACGGAAGACCAAGCGCGCUCUAUUAAAGAAUCUGCCAGACCGCGGUCUCCAGCCGCGCCGGUCACGCCCCGCCGCCGACAGAAUAGGGAACUAGACUUGGAUAAUAUUAUACAGGGGCCCCGCAGCGCGCGCAGUCGCGACAAAAACAGUUCGAGUGCACGGAAACGCGUCGCUUCGCCCAAGAGUCCCAAGGCUUCCACCUCAGGAGUUAAAAGCAAAAGCACUCCAGUGAGCCGCAAGCGGCUGGCCAGCGAGAGCAGCGAGAUGAGCGAAAGCAGCAACUCGGCGCCGCCGGUGAGACUCGAGGAGGUUGCGGGGGUCGAGCCAGAGGUGCAGAGGACGCCCAGGAAGAUCGAUGGUGUCAAAGCCGGCCCUCUGCAAUUGAAAGGAGCCGCGAAGCAAAACAUCGGCAAGAAAAACUCGAAACUGACAAAGUUUGAAAACGACGAGGACACGGUGUCCAAACUGGGCCCCAUACCUAGUGGGGACAGCAAGCUGUUCGCUGGACUCCAUUUCUUGUUGACCUGCACUGAACCGCCAAGGCGCUCGCGCUCGGACAAACAACAAUUCCAAACCAGCCAAGAAACGCGGCAUUACUCUUCAGAAGAAGACGGUGAAACCACCUCAACGAUGGCUGGCACAGACACUGAGGACCUAGAGUUCUCCGAUCGCCCCUUCAAUAAAGAGCGCUUGAAGGAACAGCUGGAAGCCGGUGGGGGAAUUGUUUUCAGUCACUUCGACGACGUUCCCAAGAACAAGUACUCCGUUUGCAAGCUUAUAGCGCCGCGACCGUGCCUCACCGCGAAGUACAUCCAGUGUCUCGCGGCGGACAUCCGCGCCGUCACUCACACCUGGGUGAUCAUGAGCUGCAUCAACAACAGGGUCGAGGACUUUGACCAAUAUGCGCUGCCUGCCGGCUGGUCCAUACAGAAGGGUUGCUUUGUUAACUGGGUGCCACCAUCAGGCAAACGCAAUACAUCGUUCUUCAAAGACAAGCUGAUACUACUGUGCGGCGACGCGGACACAUUCGUCAAGUUCUGGGACCGUGUAAUGACACUCGCAGGAGCUAAUACUAGAGUGGUUAAUGAGGAGCAGCUGCAUACAUCGGGGGCGCUUGCGCUGGUCACUGAGUGGGAUUGUCCACAUGAGGUGCAAAACAAAGCAAACCAAGACAACAUUCCGCUCGUGUCCACAACCUGGGUGGUCCAGUGCCUGAUCGAGGCGCGCGUGAUCGCCCCCACCAGUCACGAUAAGUUCUCAUUCAUGUACGCGGAGCCCGAAUGAUCCUGGGACUUCCGGAAGGUGCUCAUCAUACGUGAAAAGUAAACGUGUGACAGUGCCAACCAGGUUACCAAACACUGAAGUGACGCUCAAGAUUGAUAAGUGACGGAUGUUUUAACUGUGACUUUGGCAGUUAAGGAUAUUAUAGUGAUUUUCAGUGGCUAAAUAAUGUGACAUGUCAAAUUCAAGGAA